AAAAUUUGUCUAAAUCACGCGACUAAACUGGCAAGAGAAGGGACAGCGGACAGUGAAUUUCUGACGAAGGUACAACUCUAUUCCGACUUUUCCAGCGGCGCACGGCUCGAAGCUCUGGGUGUAUUUGACGCCCCAUAGGUAGAAGCACACGGCAGUUGAACGGUGACAAUAUAACUACUUACGUAUGCAUACAUCUAUACGUGUCGGCAUAUACGUAGGACAGGCACACGAAUUGGUCCUCGGUUGGACGUCACCGAAACGCGAAACAGCGACGAGGAUUGGCGACGUCGCGACGCCUUGCAGAUUUAUUUAGAUUUAAGUAUGGACACUAAAGUCGAUGACGAGGGGCAUCGGAGUAUUAACGAUGGUGACUGGAUCUGCCCCGACUCCCAGUGUGGCAAUGUUAAUUUUGCUAGACGCAAUUCUUGUAAUCGGUGCGGCAAAGACAGAGGGGAAUGUCCUAAGAAAAAAAAGUUAGGACAAGAGAUCGGCAAAGCUGCUGCGGAGAAAAGCAGGGGCUUGUUUAGUGCGGAUGACUGGCAGUGCAGCAAGUGUGGUAAUGUGAAUUGGGCACGGAGACAGCAGUGCAAUAUGUGCAAUGCUCCGAAAUUUGGUGAGGUUGAGGAACGAACUGGGUAUGGAGGCGGUUACAAUGAUCGUGGAGUUGUCGAGUACAAGGAGCGAAAGGAUGACGAUGAUGACGAAUAUGACGAAUUUGGGAGGCGGAGGAAAAAGCGAAAACUCGAAAGCAGAACGUCUGACGAGGACUCCAAGGACUCAUUUAAAUAUGUCAGCCCACCCAGGAGCAAACCGAAAGAAGAUAUCAAAAUUGAGGAGCUGAAACCAGAGGGAAACAAAGAGGCUGAUAAUGAAGAUGAGGAGGAGGAAGAAGAGGAGGAUGACGAUGAUGGCGAUUUGUCCAAAUAUGAUCUCAGUGAAUGGGACGACUUUGUUCCAACCGAAAAAACCUUAAACUGCAAAGUUACAACCUCGCGAGAUCAACGGUCAAGUCAUUCAACUUUUUACAGAAACGGUGGUGAAAGACUGGACUCUGGCACAUCCAGCCAAUAAAUGGCUGGACAGGACAGGUUUGGUCUGGAUUUUGGGUAUAAACUUGAUUACAAAAGACAAACUUUAUGUCUGAAUUGAUAAAGAGAUUCGCUAUUCGCACUGAUAUCUUUUUUUCUAGAAUACGAUUAACUUACAAAUAAUAAACGGUCUGGCGAAUCUUUUAGAUUGAACAAAAAGUACAAAUACAAAAUUUAUUUUUUGUUCUCCAGAUGACACAAUACGCGACAAGAGUUGCUGAGUACCGAUGAGCGAUCAUUGCUGUAAGGUGUGGCACAGUGAUUUGAAAAUGGCAACGCCUGAUCCUGUGCCACUCGAAAUCAUGUUAAAAACGAGAAUGAACAGCACAUCCAGCACUCGUUAAUACCAUAGCAGAGACACGUUUACCGGUUACCACCUCACAAUCAAGUUUGCAGUCUUAGAUAAGCCUUUAGAUCUACUAAAAUCAAACCAUUUUAUUCCACCGAGUGAUUUAUGACUUUUUUAUUCUCUUCAUUUGGAUCCUUUUUUCUCAUGAUAACUAUUGGGUCAUCGUCCUGCGCCUUAGAACAUUAUAAAUGCUAAUAUCACGAACUCGAAUUGCUUGAAUCAAGCCAAUAGUACCUAAUUAAAUAAGCGGGGAAUACAAACCCUCCUUGCGAUAUCCCAUUGCAGUAAUGAAGUUGAAAAAAACAAGAUCGGUUACAUAAUGAAAUAUUACAGACCUGUGGCUAAUUUGAUACAGAAUUGCAUAAAACAAAAUUCGAAAUUACAAACGUUUUGAUAACGAGUAAUUUUUAGUAUUAUUAUAAAUAACGUUUCUAUCAACUCGCACACAGUCACAUACAAAACAAUAAAGACAUUUGUCGUUGAUUACAAUGAUGAUACCGUCCCAGUUUACGACACGGGUGAAAAAAAAAAAGAAAAUUACCAUCUGCAGGCAAUUCUAAUUGAAUCCGAUGAUUUAUAUCCUCGGUAAAAGGUGAUGAAUUACGAAAAUUAUGAUAGAUUAAUUCUUGUAUCAACUUCUUGUAAAUAUCUUUAUUUUAUUUUUCAUUUAUAAUAAAAAUCAUUCUUCAACAACAUAAUUGUUCAUAGUCAAUUACUUUUUUAUUUUAUUUUUAUUUUAUGUUUUCUCUCUUUUUUUCUUUCUCUCGUUCUCAAUUGCUCUCUCUCUCACUCUCUCACUCUCUCUUUGCCGCUAUUGUAACACACUAAGCGACUACUAUCUGGGGGAGGGGGGAGGGAGGGGCAUGAUUAUGCACAAAGUUGGUCAUAGGAAAGGAUAACUGGGUAAACAGGUGAGGAGGCGUGAAACGUUUCAUCAGGUAUUUAUAUAGUGUGUAUCUUUAUGUACAAUAAUAAAAUUGAGCUGAAUUAUUUACUGGUAUAUCAAUCAUUCGUGAUUCUGUUAAGAAAGAAUAAACAAUUUCCAAUUCAAUACUGGCUCUUUUCGGUUACCAAUCCUAUGUACAAUUUGCCUUCUCAUUCUUUGUUUGUAGAUAUUCUCUUGACUGUUAUGAAAAAUGAAUGACUAUAUAUAUGUACGAAUAAGAUUAGGUAAAAUACGUUACCUAAAAUUGUUAUUUCAAACUAUACAUGUCGGCCAUGUAAUACAGAAUAAUCAAUAAUAAUGUGUGAUAUACAUUUUUUGUAUCCCCUUAUCUUGUUUUCGAUCUCGAACGGUACCUCAAA